UUGAAAGAGACAACGGAAAUACUUAAUGAAAAUAGAGUGUUCAUAAAUGAGAUUUUGGGAAUUUUUAAAAAAGUAUUUGAGACUAAAAUGGAAUGGAGUGCAUUUGAGGCCUUUUGGGAAGAAGAAAAACGAAAUGGAAAUCCAUAUGCCAAGGCUAUUGUGAGCUAUGAUUUAAGUGAAAGAAAAUGCAUAGUUUUAAUAGAUCAUCGAUACAUUGAACUUGAUGUUUCCAUGCCAUUGAGCAAGAAUAUCGAAAAGUAUUUUUCAAAAAGAAAAAAGGCACUUGACAAAAGUGAUAAAACCAAAGCCGCAUUAGAAAACAUUGUGGACAAACUCAUUCCAAAAAAGGCAAUAGUUCCGGCACAGAAAAGAGAACUCUAUUGGUUUGAAAAAUUUCAUUUUUUCAUUAGUACAGAAAAUGAAUUGGUGAUUGGAGGAAAGAAUGCACAACAGAACGAAAUUAUAGUCAAGAAGCAUUUAGAACCAACUGAUUUAUAUUUCCACUGUGAUAUACAUGGCGCAAGUUCAAUAGCAUGCAAAGGAAGAAGUGAAGUAACCAUUGAAGAGGCAUCUUACAUGGCUCUAUGCAUGUCAAAGUGUUGGGAUGAGGGUGUUAUAAAGCCAGUAUUUUAUGUCGAACCUGAUCAAGUAUCAAAGUCAGCACCUAGUGGGGAGUAUAUUACAAAAGGAUCGUUUAUGAUAAAAGGCAAGAGAAACAUAAUGAAUCCUUACAGACUUGAAUAUGGAAUUGGACUUUUAUUUAAAUUGGAAGGCUCCCAAAACAUUCUUGAAUUUUCAAGUAACCCAGCAGAUGAUGCUAAAAUUUUGUAUGGAUUGCCAGUUUCAGCACCCUGGAUUUGUGUUAAAAACUAUAAAUACAAAAUAAGACUUUGCCCAGCAUCUGAGAAGAAGUCAAAAUUAUGUCAAGACAUCAAAACAAGCUUUGAAAGUCUUUCAGAAGGAACUCUAGAAGAAAAAUAUGUAAAAUCAAUAGGAUUAGAUGAGUAUAUGAAUGUAGUUCCCGGAAAAUCCAAAAUUGCUAAGCUUCUCAAGUAA